CGAGAGAGACCGAGACCCGCAGGGAGACGGCGGCGGGGCUGCCGAGUGGCGCUGCUCGCAGCGAGGGGGCGGCUUUGGGGAGGGGGGAAAAAAAGAAAAAAAAGUGAGGGAGGUGUGGAAGGAAAGCGUUCAAGUCCCGCUCUCCUUGCCCGGCGAGAUAAAAGCAGCUGCAGAUCUGCUGUUCAGAGGGCGCAGCACCUGUGGCUUACCUUACAUGCAGGAGAGCAGUAAUUUGAGAAGCAGGCGGUUAGGAGUUUUAAGCAGUUUCGCAGCAAGACUUCACAAACUCUUAGCUGCAUCCUUUAAUCAUGACAGCAUUUCAGAUAGGCUAAAAGGAAUCUGAUAAGAUCAUGGGGAAUUCAUACGCAGGACAACUAAAAUCUGCUCGUUUUGAAGAAGCUCUUCAUAACUCCAUAGAGGCUUCUCUGAGAUGCAGUAGCGUUGUCCCACGGCCAAUCUUCUCACAGCUGUACCUGGAUCCUGACCAGCCGCCUUUCUUGCCGGAAGGUAACCAUGAAAAUGUGAAGCCAAAGGUGGAAGAGUUGGAUAAAGAGUUAGUACAUCGCUAUGCACAAAAUGGAAAUUUGGACUUCUCUAGUAACCAAACUGUUAAUGAAAUGGAAGAUGAAGAGGAGGAUGAAGACAUGUCAGAUUCAAGCAGUCCACCAAUCCCGUAUUCACAAAAACCUGCCCCGGAAGGGUCUUGCACUACUGAUGGUUUUUGUCAAGCAGGCAAGGAUUUACGAUUAGUAUCACUGUGCACGGAGCAAAUUGAUAUCCCAGCAGGCUUCCUGUUAGUAGGAGCCAAGUCUCCAAACCUUCCUGAGCACAUUCUAGUCUGCGCAGUCGACAAGCGGUUUUUGCCAGAUGAUCAUGGAAAAAAUGCACUUUUAGGAUUUUCUGGGAAUUGUAUAGGCUGUGGAGAAAGAGGAUUUCGGUACUUCACAGAGUUCUCUAAUCAUAUCAACCUGAAAUUAACCACUCAGCCAAAGAAGCAGAAGCACUUAAAGUACUACCUAGUAAGAAGUUCCCAAGGUGUACUGUCAAAGGGACCUCUUAUUUGCUGGAAAGCUGCUUCGUUUGCAGAAUGUAGAAGCAGGCAAUCAUCUGCUGCUAGCCUCUCUGCUAAACCAAAUUCUGCGGUGUCACCGUCCACGACCCCAGAGGGUGGAUCAGCUAAUGGAUACAAAUCAGGGUUCACUCAGACAGAUUCUUCAGUGUUCAGUCCAGCAAAAUCAUCUUCUGCUAUUAAUUUAAGUGGACCUCAAGACCCAUCUCGGAACAAGAACGUUGUGAAACCUUUGGCUUUGUCAGUGCAGCUUGUAGGAAAGACAUUUGCUUCAGCUCCUCUUUCACUGCAUGCCACUGAUGGUGCUAAUGGAAACACUAAUGGAGGAAGAAAUAAUGUAUUGAAUUCUACAGUCUCUCGGCCAAUGCCUCACUCAACCUCUCCUAGCCCUGCCUGUGCAGCUGGAGACCAAGCCUCAGUGUCCAAUUCUGGACCACCGAAGAAACGUCAUCGGGGAUGGUCUCCUGGAUCCCCAGUACCUCCUCCUGGUUUAGUGGUACCUGUUCCUACGAUUCGACCGUCAACUAGAACAGAGCCUCUUUUGUCAGUCCCAGUUCCUCAAUCCAUGUUAACUGGAAUUUUACAGCCUCAACCCAUCCCAGCAGGGGAGACUGUAAUUGUUCCUGAAAACCUGCUGAAUAACUCGGGAGUCAGACCAGUGAUUCUGAUAGGUUAUGGCACUUUACCUUAUUUCUAUGGCAAUGUUGGUGAUAUUGUUGUAAGUCCCUUGCUGGUGAAUUGCUACAAGAUUCCACAGCUGGAAAACAAGGAUUUGGAGCUCCUGGGUUUGACCAGCAGUCAGCUGCUAAGCGUGGAGAACAUGAUACUUUUAACUAUUCAGUAUCUUGUCCAACUAGGUCCUGACCAGAUACCCCUGAGGGAAGAAUUUGAGCAGAUCAUGCUGAAAGCUAUGCAGGAGUUCACUCUGAGGGAGCGAUCCUUGCAGAUGAGUGCACAGUGCAUCUCUGUGUCACCAGCUCAACUCCCCUGGCUCGCUAGGUUAAUUGCCAGCGUGUCUCGGGACCUCGUGCACGUGGUGGUUACCCAGAACUCUCUGGCAGAGGGCAUCUCAGAGACAUUGAGGACUCUCAAUGAAAUGAAACAUCAGCAAAAGCUACCAGAUUAUGUAGUUGCCAUUUGUGCAUCAAAGAUGAGAGGAAAUGAAUUCUGCGUGGUAGUCCUGGGUCAGUAUCAGUCUAGAGCACUUGCAGAAAGCAUGCUUACCAGCAGUGAGUUUUUGAAAGAGAUCAGUUAUGAACUCAUCACGGGGAAAGUUAGUUUCCUGGCAUCACACUUCAAAAAUACUUCUCUAGGUGAUGAUUUGGAUAAGCUGCUAGAGAAGAUGCUACAGCAGAGAGGGGAAAGUGUCAUUAUUCCUUUUAAUGGAGAUGUGAGUGAGUGUGUGUCAUCUCAGGAGGCAGUUGCCAUGGUAUCUACACAGGAACCAGAUUUGGAUGUUGAUACCUUCCAAAUUUACCAGCCACAGCUUACAGUUGCCAGAAAGCUCUUGUCCCAGGUUUGUGCUAUAGCAGACAGUGGCAAUCAGAGCCUGGAUCUGGGCCACUUCAGCAAAGUAGACUUCAUUGUUAUAGUUCCUCGUUCGGAAGUCCUGGUGCAGCAGACCCUGCAGCGGAUCCGGCAGUCAGGUGUCCUGGUGGACCUGGGCCUAGAAGACAACGGAACAGCAUAUCAGAGAGCUGAGAAAUAUGUGGUUCGGCUAGACAAUGAGAUUCAAACAAAAUUUGAAGUUUUCAUGAAACGAGUGAAGCAGAAUCCAUACACACUGUUUGUGCUGGUUCAUGACAACGCCCAUGUGGAUCUAACGAGUGCCAUUUCAAGUUCCCUGUCACAUGGUGAGCCUAGUCAUGGUCUGGCUGAUAGAGUUAUUAAUUGCAGAGAGGUCCUUGAAGCAUUCAACCUCCUUGUUCUUCAGGUCAGCUCUUUUCCUUACGCCUUGCAAACGCAGCAGUCCAGGAUCAGCUCUAGCAAUGAGGUACAUUGGAUACAAUUUGAUGCUGUGGAUGACACAGCAAGUGAAGACAAGCUGUACUUUGGCUUGAAUGAAUACAGCAAAUCUCUCCAAUGGGGAGUCACAAGUCCACUUUUGAGAUGUGAUGAAACCUUUGAGAAAAUGGUCACCACGCUUUUAGAAAGGUAUCCACGGCUACACAGCAUGGUGGUUCGCUGCUACCUUCUCAUUCAGCAGUAUUCCCAAGCUCUGAUGUCUCUCACGACCAUGGCCUCGCUAAGAGAUCACAGCACACCUGAAACUCUCAGCAUAAUGGAUGACCUUAUCACUUCUCCAGGAAAGGAUAAGAACGGCUGUGGCCACAUGCUCGUCAUUAGGGUGCCAUCUGUGCAGCUAGCCAUGCUGGCCAAGGAGAGGUUGCAAGAAGUAAGAGACAAGUUAGGUCUGCAGUAUCGGUUUGAGAUCCUCCUUGGGAAUCCUGCCUCAGAGCUUACUGUUGCAAAACACUUUGUGACACGUCUGAAGGCUUGGAGGGGAAAUGAGCAGGACGACUGGAUUCCUCGUACCUAUCAGGAUCUGGAAGGUCUACCUUGCAUUGUUAUUUUAACUGGCAAGGAUCCUCUGGGCGAGACUUUCCCCAGGUCACUGAAGUACUGUGACCUUCGGCUGAUUGACUCAAGCUACUUAACUCGGACUGCAUUAGAGCAAGAAGUGGGCCUGGCAUGUUGCUAUGUCUCAAAGGAGGUGAUUCGAGGGCCUAUUGUAGCUCUUGACCUUAGUGAGAAAGAGCAUGAGAAGGCAAAUGGUAGCGAGAAUGAUGCUGAUGAGCUGUUGAUAGACUUGGACAGACCGCAGAGUAACAGCAGCGCUGUCACUGGAACCUCAGGUCAGUUAACUGCUGCUUCUCUGAAGAGUUCCCUGGCUGACAACGGUGUGAGCUCCUCAAGUGCUGCAGACAAAUCUCAGAAGCAAGCACCAUCACUUAACUUUCAAAUGGUUGCACACAGCUCAGUAGAUGAGGGAACUUACCCUGGGUUCACAGCUGGAGAGACUCUGAAACAGGAAUGUGACUCCUUGGGUAACCAGAUGGCAAGCAGCACCACUUCAAAACUGUCAUCGCUGUCAUCAGUCUCUCAGACAUUUCGGUGGCCUGGUCAUUCAACCAAAGACAGCAGGGCCCUCCGUGCUGCGCUGCCACGCAUCGUCAUUCUGUCAAAAGCUGCUUACUGCCUCUUGAGCUCACAGAAGAGUGGGAAUUUGCCUUCCUCCUCUUCCCUGCUGCCUCACGCUGAUGUGUCCUGGCUGAGCUCUCUGAGGCCUCUGCUUCACAAGGACAUGAGCAGUGAGGAGCAGUCGCUUUACUACAGGCAGUGGACAACGGCCCGGCAGCACCAUGCAGACUUCAGCAAUCAGGGGGAAGCAUCCAGCUCAAGAAGUUUUCACCCCAGGCGGCUGCUUUUGACAGGGCCACCACAAGUGGGAAAGACCGGCUCAUACCUGCAGUUCCUAAGGAUUCUCUUCCGCAUGCUGAUCAGAUUGCUGGAAGUAGAUGUGUAUGAUGAAGAAGAAAUUAAUACCAAUCAUACAGAAAGCAGUGAAAUUGCUCAGUCAAGCAAUGACCACUGGCCAGAUAUUGAGAUCUUCAGUAAAAUGUCUUUUGACCUGAGUGUACAUGACCCCAAGUACAGAAAUAUAAGUCCAGUGUACACAGAACACCUGUCAAGAAUCAAACAAGAAACAAGCAAAGAAAUGAAAUCAGAGGAGCCUAAGAAAAGAGAGACUGUGUCGAUGAUGUUGACAAAAUAUGCAGCUUACAAUACGUUCCAUCACUGUGAGCAGUGCCAUCAGUACAUGGACAUUAAUCCUGCUGUACAGGUGUCUGACUCCACUCUGCAUGCGUUCACGUUUUCAUCUUCAAUGCUAGGAGAAGAGGUCCAACUGCAUUUUAUAAUCCCGAAGUCCAAAGAAAGCCAUUUUGUCUUUAGCAAGCAAGGGAAGCAUUUAGAAAGCAUGCGUCUCCCUCUCGUUUCUGACAAGAAUUUGAAUGCAGUCAAGAGUCCUAUCUUCACUCCAUCGAGUGGACGUCAUGAGCACGGCCUCUUGAACCUCUACCAUGCCAUGGAAGGCAUCAGUCACCUUCACCUCCUCGUAGUCAAGGAGUACGAAAUGCCUCUGUACCGCAAGUACUGGCCCAACCACAUCAUGCUCGUCCUGCCAGGCAUGUUCAACAAUGCUGGCGUUGGCGCUGCCAGAUUUCUCAUUAAGGAGCUUUCCUACCACAAUCUGGAGCUGGAGCGAAACCGCUUGGAGGAACUGGGAGUCAAGCGCCAGUGCGUGUGGCCUUUCAUUGUGGUCAUGGAUGACUCCUGUGUGCUGUGGAACAUGCACAGUGUCCACGAGCAGUCCAGCCAGUCCUUGGAGCCUGGGGGCACCAGCAAGAAUGUGUCUUUAAAGAAUGUUCUCCAGCACAUUGAAGCUACCCCCAAAAUUGUUCAUUAUGCAAUAUUGGGUGUUCAGAAGUGGAACAGUAAGCUGAAUGCUAAGAAGACAAAGGCUCCAUUCUCCCGGUGCCACGUGCGUGACUUUAUUCUGCUCAACAUAGACCUGACCCAGAAUGUGCAAUAUGAUCUGAACAGGUAUUUCUGUGAAGAUAUAGAUUUCAAUCUGAGGACAAACAGUAGUGGCCUGCUCAUCUGUCGUUUCAACAACUUCAGUGUCAUGAAGAAACAUAUUCAGGUUGGAGGACAGAAGGACUUUGUUGUUAAGCCAAAAAUUGUGGUUUCAGACAGCCCGGCACCAAUCAUGCCUCUUCAGUACGUCUGCGCCCCAGACAGUGAGCACACGCUGUUGGCAGCCCCAUCUCAGUUCCUCCUGGAGAAAUUCCUUCAGCAUGCGACGUACAAACUCUUCCCUAAGGCCAUUCAUAACUUCAAGAACCCAGUAUUGGCCAUUGACUGCUAUCUGAACAUUGGUCUUGAGGUGGCCAUUUGCUAUGUCAGCUCACGCCCACACUCUGUCAAUGUCAACUGUGAAGGGGUGUUCUUCAGUGGGCUCCUGCUGUACCUCUGCGACUCCUUUGUCGGUGCUGACUUCCUCAAGCGGUUCCGGUUUCUGAAAGGUGCCACGCUGUGUGUCAUAUGCCAGGACCGGAGCUCACUGCGACAGACCAUCGUCCGCCUGGAGCUGGAGGACGAGUGGCAGUUCCGCCUGCGGGACGAGUUCCAAACUGCCAACAGCAGUGAUGACAAACCGCUCUAUUUCCUUACCGGCCGCCAUAUAUAAGCUUUGAGAAGACACCUAUCAUGAAAAAAACACUUUUUUUUGUUUGUUUGUUUUAAAAAGUACAAUCACUGUGGAGCAAAGUGCAACCAAUAUUUACCAAGACUACUCUAAGGGAUUCCCCAGCGUUCUAAAGCAGGCUUUAUUCCUAGGUAUCAAAUGAUCACAGCAGUUACAAUUUUGAGGAUCACAGAUUCCAGUUAUUGUCACAUCGGUCCCAACCGCUGACCCCGAUCGUGCAGCCACCACGCCGUGGGGUUUGGGAAGAGGACAGAAUUUGGCUGAUGGGGAAUUCUGUUUCCAGCUGAGUUAGUUCUGGAAGAAGCUGCCUUCAGCAGCCUCUCACUUGAAUGUGUUACAAAAGCUCAAUGCAGCAUAUGGGAUUUAUUGAGGAUACGCAGAGGAGAGCCCACUGUUCCUCUACAGACUGUACUGCGGUACAGUAAUACUCAGGGGUUUGAAACUACAACGUCUUGUAGAUAUUUGUAUUAAAAGGAAUAGUCUCGUUCUCUGUGCAGUGUUAGUUCAGAAUUUGUAAUUGUGUUUGUACUGAAACUGUCUUUGGCAAAAUUUCCACAGGUGUUCAAAGUUUACUACUUGAACCUGAACAAAUCAGCAACUGCAUGGCAGGCAUGGGGCGGUGCUCACGGAUCCUCCUCGCGAUGCUACUGCGUCCCACUGUGGAGUUCCUCACCUCCAGGGACAGAGCUGCUGGCUCACGUGGUGAGGAGGCUCCUGCAGAGGCUCUCUUCAGUUGGAGUCAGUCCAGCACAACCUGCCAGCAGGAGACCUUCAGGUUCCCUCUUCUCCAAGUUUUUAAAAGCUGUGGCCCAUGCGUCGUGCUGUGUGGAUGGUGACAGAAGAUGAUUAAGACGGGAUGCUCUCAGUCGUCUUUUCCAACCUUAGUGACUGUACGGUGCCUGGAGGGUGGCCAAGCACUGUUCGGAUCCUUCUCAGUCAGCUGCAGUUGGCUGCAGAGCUGAGAUCUAUCAAUUCCCACCUCUGUGUAAAUCAGCAUCUAUCAGACAAAGGUGCUGGGAGGGUAUCGGUGCCUGAGCUGGACUGGAGAGAGAAAAAAUGAGUCCAAAUGAAGGAGAUCUUGCAGCAUCUGAAGGGGAGAAGUCCCAGGGAGCUGCUCAGGAGCGCUUCUGCCCAGAAGCAGUGCCCACUGGAUGCACCCCCUCAGGUUGUCAGCUGUUUUUCAUUGAUCUGUGGGCUGUUGUGACAGUCACACUGUGGUCUUCUGCUGGACAAGAAUCAGGAAUCUGUACGUUGUGUUAGAGGAACCUGGUGCAGUAGAAUUUGGUUGUCAGGGUUAAAUCCCACUGGGACACAGCCUCACUCCUGCCCUUAGCGUUGGUAACCCAGCUGAUGUUUCUAUGCGUUAUGAAAAGAGAAAAUCUCCCGGCUCAUUGCGAUGCCUUUAUUUGAAAGAAAAAAUGCAGUGUGUUUUUAAGAGAAGUCCAGGUAUGUUAAUUUAAUCUCUGAAAAAUAAUGAAAUGAAUACGUUGCUAUUUAGCUGCGAUUCGCUGGAGGAGCUGCCAAAGCUGCAUCCUUAUUUUUCACAUCCUGUGGUAACUGAGCAACUUUUUUUUUUAUCUCAUGAGAUGUUUACGGAUGAAAGAAACCAUAAUAGGCUGAGGCAAAAGGAAAAUGAGUUGCCUGUAUUCAUGUAGGUUAACUGUGAUGCAGCAGAUUUAGCAAAUGUCAACUGACCGCCACCCUUCUGUAGAUGGAUUUUUGAUUUUCCUGCAGUCGCAGCCUGCCUUUUAUUUGAACACUUGCAGGGACAUAAAGGGGGUUGCUGAAGCUUUUGCUUUGUCCCUGAAUGCAGCACCAGAGUCACGGUUUGUCCAGAGGGGCUGAAGGGGGGCUCUGGCUCUCAGUGCGAUAUCAAAGGUUCACGUACUCAGUGUUCAGGAAUCACAUCGUUUCUGUUUGCAUAAUUAACGUUUGCACUAAGAAGUUCUUGAAAUCCUGGAUGCUGAGACUGCUGUGAGGAUGCAGCCCUUUGGUGAAACAGUGCAAAAUGGUCCCAGAGGUUGAGAGUGGCUGCAGGAUGUCAAUAUAUUGGCCUUCCUGUACCAAGAAGUAGCAAACCUAGCAAAGAGAUUUCCUUACCUCCUAUGUGCACAGACAGGAGGAGGUCUGGAACUGCUGGGAGAUGACACAAAUGGGCUCACAGCAUGUAGGCCUGUCCAGUGCAGUUCUGGAAAGGAGCCCCUUGGUUGACAGCUGGAUUAGUGCUAUUCCAUGUUGCAUUUAAGCCUCGCCCUCACAGCCAUGCCUAUGAAUGUAUUACACUGGCCAGCGUAAUAUUUUACUUGUAGAUGUUAUUGCCUAUUCACAGGUUAAAUUUGAAUGUAAACUAAGAUUUAAAGAAUCGUAUUCAGAUGCUUUUUGCUUAACUUAUGUAAUUGCUUUUUGUGACUUUUUGGAAGAGAGUUAAAAUGUCGCUUUCCUAGUGUAAAGUUUUCUUAACCAAAAAAAAAACUUGGUGAAUUUAGCUUCACUAGUCAGUCUACCUCAUGCUAUUGUUUAUGAACUGAAACUGUCUGAAGUUGUGGCGAUGGUAUGUUUAUAAUGUGCUUUCAUUAAAUUUGAGUAUAUUGAGAUACCAUUUAA